AAACGUCAGGUUACAUGAGGUUACUUUACUCGCGCACCUCUUCAUAAUUACGAAAUUCAACUAUCUUACUAGAUUAUAUGUUUCAAAAGCAUAUAUGAAUAUGUUAAUAUUCAAGUUUAAACCAGUGAUCGCUUUACCGACAGAUAAAACAUUGUUUCGUGCACUCGUUAGUUACGGUGACAAUUUUCGUUCGGUGUGCAGUAAAGCUUCAGAAUCGAAGGAAGUGAGAGUCCGUUUUGCACCCAGUCCGACAGGUUUUAUGCACCUUGGAGGAUUGAGAACGGCUUUGUUCAACUAUCUCUAUGCAAAGUCUCAUGGCGGUAAAUUUAUUCUUAGGAUCGAAGACACCGAUCAAGAACGAUUGGUGGAAGGUGCAUCGGAGCAACUGUAUAAGGAAUUGAAGUGGGCCGGAAUAGAACCGGAUGAGAGCCCUUGGCAUGGAGGACCAUACGGACCGUAUGUUCAAAGUUUACGGUACGAAAUAUACAAACAAGAAGUUCGGAAACUAAUGGAAGAUGGAAGAGCCUAUCAUUGCUUUUGCUCCGAGCGCCGAUUAGAUUUGCUUAGAAAAGAAGCUCUUCGAAUGCGGCAGAUUCCCAAAUAUGAUAACAAAUGCCGGCAUAUGACUCCUGGUCAGAUUGCGGAACGUUUAGCCAAAAAUGAUAAGUUCGUGAUUCGUUUUAAGCUAGAAUCAAAAGCGGACGAAUUUCAAGACAUGAUAUUCGGUAAAAUUGUCUACUUUCUAGCUCAAAAUGAAGGAGAUCCUGUGAUAAUCAAAUCGGAUGGUUAUCCCACAUAUCACUUUGCGAACGUUGUUGAUGAUCACUACAUGAAAAUCACACACGUGCUUCGAGGAUUAGAAUGGCAGAUAUCCACUCCGAAGCACAUUCAAAUUUUCCAUGCCUUUGGUUGGAGACCACCGCAAUAUGCACAUCUGCCACUAGUCAUGAAUGCUAAUGGUUCCAAAUUAAGCAAACGGCAGAAAGACGUGCAACUUGAUCACUAUCGGAAAAUGGGAAUUUUUCCCCAGGCCUUGCUGAAUUUUAUUACACAAAGCGGUGGAGGAUUUGAUCGUAAUUUGAAUGAUAUACAAGGCACGCAGUUGAGCGAUCUUAUUCAGCAUUUUGAUAUUAAAAAAAUAAACGCACAUUCUAGUCGGCUCAAUCCGGAUCUGCUCUUGCAGUGCAACCGGGAAGAAAUAGAAUACCAGCUGAAGAACUGCCCCGAACGAGCCAAAGCACUCGUUGAGGAAGUGAUCCGGCUUGUGCGAGAAGAGUAUGCUGAAGAAAACAGUCUGGAUCUUAACGAAAAGCACGUCCGAGAAGUUCUUGAGUGGGCAGUUUCCCGAAUAGGAACCCUAUCGGAUUUAAUCCGAGGAAAGUUAGCCUUCCUCUGGAUUCUGCCGAAAGGUAGAAAAGAUAAAACGAUACACAACAGUGUGCUGGAAACGUUGGCCAAUAGCCUCUCAGACGAAACGAAAGUUCAGUUUGAAAAAACUGACCUGAAGCAAUUUCUCAGGGAUUUUGCUAAUCAGCACCAGCUUGCAUUCGAUCAGCUCAUGAAGGCUUUACGCAGCUGCCUCAGUGGGCUUCACGAAGGACCCGGGGUAGGCGAAAUGAUGGAUAUUCUGGGCAGAACUAAAACCAUAGAACGCAUCCGGUUGGCAGCCAAAAGAAAGUAAAGAAAACUUUGUAAGGUGGGUGAAGUGGAUUUGAAAUAAGACAACUACUUUCAGAAACGGACAUCGGCAAAGCAAGAUAAAGUUUGUUACGUUUUGAAAGAAGGAUAAAUGUUUAUUUCCUUGAACUUUUGGAAUAUUAUUUACGUGUUACAAGUUGAGAGUAUGUUGUGAAUAAUUGUAUACAGCUAGUAUAGCUUGUUCAAUAAAAUAAAGAUAAUUUAA